CCGCACUGCCCAGGGAGGCCAGGGUGGGCCGCCGGCGGCUGGGGAGGGAGGUGGCGGCCGUCGCUCCGGGCCGCGGCACUGUGUCUCUCGGGCCGCGGCGGGGCCCCGGGCGAGUCGCUCCGGCUCGGCGGUGCGGAGGGGGGCAGCGCUGGCCUUGCCUGCCCCGCUGCGGCUCGGCGCCGCGACAAAGCACCGGCCUUCCCCCACCCCGUCCCCUCCUCCGUCAGCGUCUCCCAGCGCCGCCCAGCCUUCCUGCCUGGCCCUCCGCCCAGGGCCGGCACCGAGCACCCUCUCCCCGCCGCGGCCACAACUUCCUCCCCCGGCCCCGCACCGCAGCCGCCGGCUCCCCUCCCCGCCGGGGCAGUGGCAACUUUUGGGGCCGAUUCCUGUACGGGGCCCCGGGCGGUGAGGACGAGGAACUGUGCCCGGACCUCUCUGCCGCGUCCCCCCUCCGCCUCGUCCCCCCCCUCCGCCUCGCACGCUCGGGGGAGAACGGUAGUGAGGGUGGCGGGACCGCCCGGGGGGGCGGGGGGCGGCCCGGGCGCCCCUCACAGCGGCUGCGGCGGCGGCGGGGCCUCCCGUCAGCUGUUUCCUCCUGUUUGUUGUCAAGCUGCCUGCGCUGCCGGCAGCGCCCGACGGCGGCGCCGGGGGCCGAGCCGGCGGCGGUUGGCUGCGCGCGCCCCCGUGACGGCGCUCAGCUGAGGCCCGCCCCCGCGCGGGGCUUUGUGUGGAGCGGCGGCGCGGGGGCAACGGCCGCGGCGCGCACGGCCGCACCGCGCACGCGUGGGCUGGGUGUGGGGAUCGCCGCCCCCCUCAGCGUGACACCGGGCCCCAGCCCGUGGCAGCGACCGGCGCUCGGGGCUUCGGGUCGCCUCCGCCGGGGGCGGUUCGGGGCGCGACGCAGGCCGGCGUUGCCGUGAAGGGUUACGCGGGGGUUAACCGCCCUACGGCGAAGGCCGGCGCGGGUCCCGCCGCUCGCAGAGCGUGGGUCAGGCCCCCCGCCCCAUCCCUCGCCGCCUGCCCUGUCGUUAAAGCGGGUCUGCCGGUUGCGCUGCCCGGUUGGGGCAGCGGUGGUGCCACACGGCAGUGCCGUUUGACGCAUCUCUCUUCUCCCUUCCCCAUUAGAAGGUGCUAUUUGUUCAUCGCUUCCUGAAGACUUACUCAUCGCCGAAGCAGCCCUGAGUAAACCCCGUGUCCCUGCCUGACAGAUGCACCCCCACUUGUGAGCUGCAGAAACCUGGGAAGAUGAGAAGCGGAAGCUUAAGCCCAGUUCCUGAGAUGUGAAGAUGAAGUUUAAGUCCGGUUCCAGGAUCUGAGACGCAGUAGAUGGUGCUGAAGCAACACUGAGGCUCCUGAAAUAUCCACAGUCCAGUGUGUAUAUACAGAGUGCCUGCUGGCUCUCCCAAACGUUGAUGGUCCUGUGUCUUCAGGAGAUGCACUCUGGGACAAGAGAACACUGACCGUCUUGAGUAUAGACUUACGUAAGUUCUAAAAAUGGGAAGAAUUUUUCUGGAUCAUAUUGGUGGCACUCGCCUGUUCUCCUGUGCAAACUGCGACACGAUUCUGACCAAUCGUUCUGAGCUCAUCUCCACUCGUUUUACAGGGGCCACAGGAAGAGCCUUUCUUUUUAACAAGGUGGUAAAUCUGCAAUACAGUGAAGUUCAGGAUCGGGUCAUGCUCACUGGCCGCCACAUGGUUCGAGAUGUGAGCUGCAAAAACUGCAACAGCAAACUGGGUUGGAUCUAUGAAUUUGCCACUGAAGACAGCCAGCGCUACAAGGAAGGCCGUGUUAUCCUGGAAAGAGCGUUGGUCCGAGAGAGUGAAGGAUUUGAGGAGCAUGUUCCAUCCGACAAUUCCUGAAGAGACUUGAGUCUCUUUGCAGGUUCUCUUCAACUGAAACUCAAAAAUAAUAAAAUCAACAAAAAAAUCUGCUUACAUACACUGUCACCUUAGCAUCAGAGUCGGAUUCAUGGACUACAGAGUGGGAAAGAUUGUGAGAGUAUUUCAGAUGGAACCUUACUUUCUUUAUUCCUUUUAUAUUUUACUUUCCCUCCAGCAGCUGUUUGUAGAAAGAAUGUUGGGCAGAUGCUGUAACUUUUUCUCUCUUGCAUUUACAUCUGUUAGAUUUGAGAUUGUAUCUACAGAUACAAUGGGCUAAAAGGAAAAUAUUUGAGGGAUUUGUCUUUUGUUAGAGAGAAAUCAAUGAGGUUUUUUUUAGUUUGCACAAACUGAUGUCAGCAUAAAGUUAUUUUAAAACUACAGAUGUUUUUUAAAAACUAUAUUCCAAUUUUUGGCUUAAGUUUUUAGUUAGUCUUGGUUUUUUUUUUUUACCCGGUCUUUUCACCUGAUUUGCUAGCUAAAGUAAAGAGAUCCGAAUUUGUGCCGAGUGCUAAAGGUUCAGUGUUGGUACAGCUUGGGCUGGCCCUUGUGCCAUAUUCUUGUUGAGGUUGAUUGGUAGCACAGAGCCCAUUAUUUCUUGUCGUUCUUGACCCAAAGAUGUCACCAUUCCUUGUUUAUUUGUGAAGUCCCGUUCACCAUGUAAACUGGUGUUGAUUGGAAACUAUUCUUGAAAUAGGGCAAGACUGCUUGGCUUUUUUUAACUUUAACUGAUGUAACUUAUAAGCAUAGUAAUAAUAUAAAAUAAUAGUUGUCUGUUUAGUCUUGCGUUGCUUACAAAUCAAGCUGUGUUUGUAAUGAUAGGGAUCCACUGAGAAACUACUGUUUCAGUUGUAAUUUUUUUCAUUUCUCUACUAAUCUCAUUAAGUAGACAGGGAAUUGCUAAUCUUAAUUCUUCUUCAAGUAGCUUUCUUUAAACCCAGAACUUCCUAUGUUAAACACAGCUGCUGUGUAAAAGGAGAAGAUUGCCAGCAUGUUUGUUCAUGCCUAGAGUUACGCAAUCUGCAGCUCUUGAAAAGAUUAACUUAAACAGCUUGUUUUCAAAUGCUGCUUCUGGUGUUGAAACCUUUAUCUUUCAACUUUGUUGAACCUUUUCAUUGUGAUGUUACAUUUUUAUCUUUCUGGGCAGCAGUACAUGUCAGCCUAGUAGUAACUAGUGAUUUGGAUUCCUGCUUUCUUCUUGUAGAGGUCAGCUCUGUUUAAAACAGUGAUCUUGCUUGCCUUUAGCAAAAAUGCUCUUCGUUAACUCAAGGGUGCCCAAACACUUUCAUUGUGUCUUAAGCCAUAAGUUAAGAUCUCAAGGGCUGAAAUUUAUUUGAAUGUUAGAUAUGUAUGAUUUCUUAUCAAAGAUAAAAGUUUAUUUUCUUUCUUAUUGGAUAAAUUGUGGUCAACAUGAAAUGUUACCCACAGAUGUACAAGGGGAAGCGGGGAAACCCCUCACCCAACCAAACAGAUCUGGGCUCUGACCUUUCAGAAUAACUUUUCUUCACUAGCCACAGCUCCAUAUCUGAAACUAAAAUGUGGAGGGUGACUACGCAGAGUAUUUAUCUUAAUCUUUUUUUGUUGCCAAGUGGCAAUUUGGACACCCCUGACUUGAAUCUACUGUCCAUUUCAUGUAAAAGUAGCUUUAUUAUAGAAUUGUCACAUAGAAAGAAAAGAGAGUAGAUCACAUACCAGAGCUGUGCUUGAAUCAAGCUGCUUAAACGAUAGUGUACUUGUGCCUCAAAUGAAUCAGUUUUUGCACUGAGUACAGUAGUACCCCAUUAUCUUGUACUUCUGUCCUUCACAGACCCUAAAAGCGCCAUUAGCAUGGUUCUCUGCAGUACUUUUCUUGUACUUCUGACAUUACAGUACAAUAAAGUAUGUUUUGUCCUGAA